AUGACACGAGUGCGGCUUGGGCGGGCCCCUUGGCCAAAUAUCAGCGUUCAUGGAUGCCAAGAUCACAGUUGCUAUGUGAUUGAGUCUAUUUGCGGGUUCCUUCGCAGCAUUGAACUAUUUGAUAUCAACCGUGAAGCCAGAAAUGAUACAGUCAUAAUACAGGCAAUGUUAAUGACUAUAAGCUUGUGGUUCAAGUAUGGAUCAUGGAGCUCAGCGAUUUACGCUCUCAAGCAAGGACUGGCCAAGAGUUCUGUUGGCAUCUGGCUCGGCGUCCUGCCACAACUCAUAGCGCACCUAGAUCAUGCCGCUUUAGAGCCUCGGUUGCUCCUAACUCAUCUCUUGACUCGAAUUGGCCAUGUUCAUCCGCAGGCCCUGAUUUAUCCGUUGACAAUAUCAGGCAAAUCGCCAGUCGUUUCGCGUCGUGAUGCCUCCUUCUUCAUCCUCUGUAAUUUGCAGGCUUGUCUUUAUGCAAGUCAGGCAAAUAAAACUCUAGUGGCUGAAGCAGGAUUGGUCGCUUGUGAGCUGCACCGAGCUGCAAUUACAUGGCACGAGGCAUGGUUCCAAGGGAUAGAGAAUGCAGCCAACUUGCAGUUUGGUGAAUGUGACUUAAGGACCACAUUAGAGCAAUUGGGUAGACUACAUUCGCUUGGUGAUGCAGCAAGAAUUCUAGCCUUCAGCCACGCACACGGGUGUGAAGUCGAAUUGGCACGACGGCACCUUCAUCAGUUUUUGCUCAGUCGCCGAGACUUGGACCUCCAUCAAGCAUGGGAUGUGUAUUCGAUCCUACACCGCCGCCUGAAACAACGGAUUUCAUCUGUAGGUUGUGAGAUCCUGGAGCUUUGCCACAUAGCUCCAAUGUUGCUUUCAGUUAGGAAUCUGUCUCUCGCAGUGCCAGGAACAUCGCUAUCCGCAGGGGAUAAAAGUCGAACGCUCCCAAUUUGUGGUAUGCAACAAUGCGGCAUCAUCCACAUUACGUCUUUUUCCCUAAAAGCAAAUAUCAUUUGCUCGAAGCAGCGGCCGCGCCGGAUUAAGAUUCAUGGUUCGGACGGUGAAUCAUACGACUUCCUCCUAAAGGGUAACGAAGAUUUGCGCCAGGACGAACGGGUAAUGCAGCUAUGUGGUCUAAUAAACUGCUUGCUGGCACAAGCAUAUAGCAAGUGUGAGCCAGCUCUCUCAGCCCAAGGCCUGAUGCAAAUAACCAGGUAUGCGGUCAUGCCCCUGUCGAACAACUCUGGGUUGCUCGAAUGGGUUUCCAACUGCUGCACGGUACACUCACUUAUUGCUGAACACAGAAACAGAUUUUCCAUCCAGACAGAUGCAGAAUCGAGUUGUUCGCAAAUAGUAGCUCCAGCUUAUUCAGAGUUGUGCAGCCCAGGGAAGCUCGAGGCCUUUUCAUACUCCCUGGCGCGCACCAAAGGAAUAGACUUGGCUCGCAUGCUCUGGUUAAAUUCUGAAGCCCCGUGUAAGUGGCUUUCUAUAAGGCAAAGGUUCACACUUACUCUGGGGCUAAAUUCUAUGGUAGGAUUUAUCAUUGGACUUGGUGACCGACAUCUUUCCAACAUCAUGGUGAAUCAUUUGACUGGUGAUGUUGUACACAUAGACUUCGGAGACUGUUUUGAUGUGGCAUCGCAACGGGCCAAGUUUCCGGAGUAUGUCCCCUUUCGUCUGACAAGACAGCUGAUAAGCGUGAUGGAGGUAGAUGGAGUUAAGGGGAUCUUUCGUUUGGUUUGUAAUCACGCCAUUAGAGUUAUGAGAGCAGAAUGUCUAUCUCUAACAGCCGUGCUCGAGGCGCUGGUCCAUGACCCUUUGAUUGGACUCAGUGUCAUCCUCCCAGCAUCGCCAAGACGAUCACAGUGCUUUGAGGGCACGCUGGAAGUUCCGAGCCAGGAGGCGGCCAUUCGCGUGGUUGCUUUAAUUCAGGACAAGCUAACCGGGAGAGUCGUACGAUCAGGGGAUGUCACUGCCGUCGAGGAUCAAGUUUUGAAUCUUAUUCACCAAGCUCGGUCUCGAUCGAAUAUUUGCCAGAUGUUUUUUGGCUGGUGUCCAUUUUGGUAA